UUUUUUUUUUUUUUUUUUUGACGUGAUCGAGCUUACAUUAUGCCAUGAUUCAUGGUGUGUGUGCUGCUUCGAGCACAACCGUGCAGGGUUUGUCUCGUCAUCGCCUUGGAGUGGCGGGCAGGGAGCCGUCGGUGGAACCUGCUGCUCGAUUCCUUAAUGUUUUCAGCAAAAGAUCGAAAUAUUAGUGCAAGUCUUUCGUAGUUGUACCUAAAUUGUAAAAUUAAUCUUAGCAUGUUUUAGUCAGAGACAGCAGUUCGGUUCGUAUCGUAAUCGUUCUGAAGCGCUCGCUUACGUUAACCAUACAUGAUAAACCCGCCGUCUGUUGUGCUUUUUCAAGAAUUCAUUUCAAUUUGAUACUACUACAGUAACUUCGGGUCUCGGUGCCAUGGCAGCUCCGGAGGGAAACAAGCUGUGGGGCGGCAGGUUUGUGGGGAGCACAGACCCGAUUAUGGAGAAGUUCAACGCCUCGAUCGGGUACGACCGGCGCCUGUGGGACGCCGACAUUCGGGGCAGUAAGGCGUACGUAAAGGCGCUGCAGAAAGCCGAGCUGGUGAGCAAGGAGGAGAUGGAGCUCAUCAUACAGGGACUGGACACGAUUGCUGCUGAGUGGGCCGCAGGUGCCUUUGAGAUCAAACCUAGCGAUGAGGACAUCCACACAGCCAAUGAGCGGCGGCUGAAGGAACUGAUAGGAGUGGCAUCAGGAAAGCUGCACACUGGCAGGAGUAGGAAUGAUCAAGUGGUUACAGACAUGAGGCUGUGGUUGCGGGAUGCAAUCUCUACUUUGAAGGGGGAUAUCAUGCAGCUCAUCAGCACCAUGGUGGAGAGGGCUGCAGUAGAGAUUGACGUCUUGUUUCCUGGUUACACCCACAUGCAGAGAGCCCAACCAAUUCGAUGGAGUCACUGGAUUCUCAGCUAUACUGUUGCUCUCAGCAGAGACACCGAGCGUUUGGAGGAGAUUCACAAACGGGUGAACGUCUUGCCCCUGGGAAGUGGGGCUAUUGCUGGGAAUCCAUUCAGUAUUGACAGAGAGCUGCUUCGUAGAGAGUUGUCCUUUGAUGACAUCAGCAUAAAUAGUAUGGAUGCCACUGGACAGAGAGAUUUUGUUGCUGAGUUUUUGUUCUGGGCUUCGCUGUGUCUCACACACCUGAGUAGGAUGUCUGAGGAUCUUGUCCUGUACAGCACAAAAGAGUUUUCCUUUGUUAGCAUUUCAGAUGCUUACAGCACUGGCAGCAGCCUGAUGCCCCAGAAGAAGAAUGCAGACAGUCUGGAACUGAUUCGCAGCAAAGCAGGACGUGUAUUUGGUCGGUGUGCAGGAUUCCUUAUGACUUUGAAGGGACUCCCUAGCACAUACAACAAAGACUUGCAGGAGGACAAAGAGGCGAUGUUUGACUGCUAUGACACUGUGCAUGCCAUUCUCCAGGUUGCCACUGGUGUUAUGUCCACACUGUCGAUCAACCCCAAAGUCAUGGAGGGAGCAUUAAGCUCAGACAUGCUGGCCACUGACCUGGCAUAUUACCUGGUUAGGAAAGGGGUGCCAUUCCGAGAGGCUCACAGCUGCUCAGGGAAAGCAGUCUCUCUGGCUGAAUCAAAGAACAUUCCUCUCAACCAGCUGACUAUGGAUGACCUCCACAACACCAGCCCGCUGUUUGACAGCGAUGUGUCCGCAGUGUGGAACUACACCAACAGUGUUGAGCAGUACAACACCCCCGGUGGCACUUCCAAGAGCAGUGUCACUGCCCAGGUCCAGCAGCUGCGAGAGUGGCUCAAGGCCCACAAGAACUGAGUGACUGUUCUACAACCCUU